AUGAAGGCCAUUGUUUCUGCUGCAAUUGAAUUCCUUCUUUUGUCCAGCCGCGUCACGGCAUCAAAUGUCUGUAACAGAGAUGCCCUCAACUCCACGAGCUAUUUGUACCCAAUUACCGAAGAAACUACUGUCUUUGAGGUUGCCCGCAAAACCAAACGUGGAGUCUGUGACAUCGGUCGUCACAACCUAAUGGCCGAUGUGACUAUACCUCCAGCCAUCGGCGAGACCUUCGUUAUUCCGGGCGAAAGCUGCACGCCUGACAACGAUUCCUGCAUAAUCAAAGACGUCGGUCGAACCCGUGAUUGCAUCUACGGCGGACCCCGUCUGUACUAUACCGUGAAGGGUGACACCUACGAUAAAGUUGCCCUUCGUCUGAACAUUACCACCGAGGCGCUUUCUGGAACCUCCACUGGGAACAAUGAAACGCUACCUGUUGGUCAAUUUCUCAAAGUCCCGCUGUGCUCGCCGAGUCAAUGCACAAUUCGGCCAUAUUCUUUUACUUCGGGUGUUUACAAGGAUCUUGCCGACAAGUAUGGUACCACCGUUGGUCAGAUCAUGAUGCUGAGCCCGACGUACAAUUACAGCAGCGUUGCUUUCACCGGUGAUGGGACUUUCCCGCCUAUCGAUCUUGCUAUCAAUUGCACUGCGCUGUCAAACAAUACGACUGCCUUGGACUAA